AUGUUUCUGACACUCUCUCUUUUUAUCCAAACAGUUGAGAUUGAAAGUAUAGCUGCCAAAGAUGGACGUAUCAGGCCAGGAGACCAGAUUUUACAAAUUAAUGGUAUUGAACUUCACAGCCGAAACCAAGCAAUCAAGUUAUUCACAGAAACGACAUCUGACAUCUGCUUACUUGUGGCCCGGCAUCAAAUUCAGUUGGAUGAUGGCUUCAUGGAAGAGCAAAACAUUGUGCUUGAUGAUAUUUUGGAAGAGAGACAACAUGAAAAAAUCCAGUUCAUGGCCGGCAUGUUGAACCAGGUUCAUAUGGAUGAAGAAGGUGCCACCACUGAUACAGGCACCACGGAAAACUCUUCUCAUAAGCUUGAAAAGGAUAGUGGGGUUGGACGUACAGACGAAAGCACCAAAAAUGAGGAGAGCUCUGAACAGGAAAAUUUUGAUGUUGACAGUCUGCAGUAUGGGCCAGACGGGGAAUUUCACAAGAGCCAUGAAAGUCUCACUUCUCACGAACAGGAUUUCAAUGGUCAUGACAUUCCUGUUGAUGUGUGUGACAGAUUUCGGGAGGUGCUUGAGGACCGUUGUGCCAGCCCAAGAAAAGACAGAGGUCGCAAGGACUCUCAGGGCAGCAUUGACAGAGAGCUUGCCAUGCUUAACAAAGAGAUGGAAGAAAUUCAGAUGGAAUGUCAGGAACUUGUCCGAGCGCACAUGCGAGAGCAGCAGAAAAUCCAACUCCAGCAACGUGAGAUGCUGCGAUCCGAGCCACAUAAGAGUCCACGAAUUGUGCCUCGCAUGGGGACCAGGUUAGAAUACAUUAAGCAUACAGGGCUUACUCCCCACGAGCACGCUGAGCUCAUCCGCAAGGAGGGAAGCCAGCCUCCGAAGCUCAUUCCCCAGACUAUGAAAGUUUCCGACAAAGAAAAAGAUCCGGCCACUACCAGUGCCUAUAACACUGGAGAAAGCUGUCGAAGCACUCCACUAACCCUUGAGUUGAAUCAGGUGUCCGAUGACAGUGAGAAAGGACUCCGUAAUUCAAUGCUUUAUUUGGUACCGCCUGGAAAUCGGACAUCGGGUAGUGAUACUGAGAAGCAAACACAGACCCCAACAAAACCUCACGAACACUCCAGCGAUGAGAGCCUGAAGUUUAAAAAGAGUUUGUCAUUUGGACAGAACUCUGCAAGGGGGGCUGGUGGUUCUGCUAACCUGAAAAGCUGUGAAAGCAUGGGAGAAUCAUUACAAGACCUCUAUAUGCGUUACGCCGAUGUCAUGUAUACAAAUCAUGCUAACCUGGAACACACUAUUGCUAUCCAGCAAAAACUUUUCCAGCAACAGCUGGAACAAAGGUCACGUAUUAAGGGACAGGGGGGUGCCGGAAGUCGGGGUCCAGAUGGUCGGCAGGCUGGGGCUGGAGCCGGAGCCCAGUCAUCCGAUGGAUGCCAGAUGGAAUGGGUCGUCAAACGACGUCCCGAUGGCACUCGCUACAUUACCAGGAGGCCGAUCCGGAAUAAAAUGCUAAAGGAGCGAGCAAAAAAGAUAUCGGAAGAACGGGCUGGCAUGACCACUGAUGAUGAAGCCAUGAGUGAGCUGAAAGUUGGCCGUUACUGGCCGAAGGAGGAGCGAAAGAAACACAUCGAGAAAGCCCGAGAUCAAAAACGAAAGAAAGAACUUAUGAUGAAGGCAAAGAUGGAGACCCUAAAAGAAGAAGACAAAAAGGAAGUCAACAUCCUUGAGCUUAGCCACCGGAAGAUGAUGAAACAUAAAGGAAGGAAAGUAUUAGACGAUUUUGUAACUGUACAGGAAAUGCUGGCUCAUGGAAGUCGAGUCGCUGACGGAAAAUCUUACAAUCCUCUGCUUUCUGUGACAACUGUGUGA